AAAUUAAAUUAAAUUAACAUAAAUAAACAUUACGUCAUACAUAUUUCGUAAGAAAAUCGUUAUUGUUUUGUUACGAUUGUAUACGCACUUAAAUGAAACUGUCAUUGCACUGUCACGCACCAUCCCUGUUUGACACCGUCAGCUGAUAAAGGUAAACAAGCUGUAGAGUCACGAAUUGUUUCGUGUAAUUACAAGUACGUGUAAUUUCUCGUCCGGCAAUGUUAGAACGUACGAAAGCAUACUCCAAACAGUGCACUAGUCAAUUUGUUCCUUCUCGGUAGCUACUAGAUACUAAUACGGUUGUUAGUAACCAAAAUCAUCCAAAAAGGAACACCCAAAUGAGCGUAAAGCAGGAAUCGUUCAGCGCGCUAAGUUCCUUGCUGGAAACGGUUAGUCAUUCACCCACGCACGUGAAGGAAACGGUGCUGCGCAAGUUUUUUCAAGACUUUGAACACUACCGUCAAUCGUUUGAAGAUGUGGGAAAUCAACCAUCGAUCUAUCCGUGGUUACGGUUAAUUUUGCCGGGCAUGGAUCGUGAACGCAAGGCGUACGGUUUGCGGGAACGAACACUGGCCGAAGCGUACAUUCGGGCACUUGGGCUCGAUCGGCGCAAUGAGGAGGUGCAGCGGUUGCUAGGAGCGGGGAAUGAUUUGGCGGACCGGUUAGGACCGUUGCUGCACGGUCGAUGUCCGGCCGUGGGUGAUCUGACCGUUGGUGACGUGAACGGUCGCCUGGAUGCAAUCGGCGAAGGUGGACGGGCGGUGGCGGCACGCGAUGAGCUGGUGGCACUGAUUGAACGGGGCAGCCCGCUCGAUCUGCGGUGGUUGGUGCGGAUUGUGUUAAAAAAUUUACGGCUUGGCGUAAGCAACCGGCGUAUAUUGCAGCUGUACCACCCGAAUGCACCGACGCUGUACGAUGGUGCGAGCGAUCUGAAGCAGAUGGUGCAGCUGAUCGAGACGAAGGCACCGGAUGUGCUGGAGACGGCGGGUGGUGUUGUCGUGCUGCUGACCCACUUUAUCCGUCCGAUGCUGUGCCAGCGAGUGGAGCUGCGCCAGGUCGGUGAGUUGCUGCGCCGUGAUACGUACUGGCUCGAGACAAAGAUGGACGGCGAGCGGUUCCAGAUGCACUGGGAUGGAACAUCGUUUCGGUACUAUUCGCGCAACGGGCACGAUUACAGUGAUGCGUUCGGUCGAACGCCUGACCAGGUGGGUGGUACGCUAACGCCCAUGUUAGCGUCACUGAUCGCGCCAUCCACCCGUGACCUCAUCCUGGACGGUGAGAUGAUGGUGUUCGAUCGACGUGACCUUCGCUAUCGGGACAAGUGUGACGGUACGGAUGUGAAAGCGCUCCGACCGGGCAAUGCUAAUCUGCGGCCGUGCUUCUGCGUGUAUGACGUGCUGUAUCAUAAUGGACGGGCACUUACCAGCGUACCGUACGCAGAACGGGCACGCCUCCUACCGAAUGUGGUACGGGAACAGUUCGGCUUUGUGCAGCACUGUCGCCGGGAACGGGUACGGGAUGCGGACCAUCUGAUCGAGCUAAUCAAUGCGGCCAUCGAUGCGCAGCAGGAGGGUGUCGUGCUGAAGCGUGAGGAUGCACCGUACCAACCGAAUCGACGGGCUGGUACCGGCUGGUACAAGAUCAAGCCCGACUACAUCGACGGUUUGGUGGUGGACUUUGAUCUGCUCGUGAUGGGCGGUUACUACAAUCUGCGCCGGUCGUACGUGAACGCAUUUCUGGUCGGUGUCGCCCGCAGCCCGGGCGUGUACGUUUCGGUCGCGAAGGUAACGAUGGGACUUGGUGUGGCCGAAUGGCAACAGCUGAAUCAAACGCUACGGUCCCACUGGCGGACGGAAUCGAUCGAGGGAUUGCACUGCGGCCGUGUUCAGCCCGACGUGUGGAUUGCACCGUGCAACUCGAUCGUACUGCAGCUGAAGGGUUCCGAGCUGGUACGGAGUGAUUCGUAUGGGGCUGGGUUCACUAUACGCUUUCCGCGUAUCGUCACCACGCGUGCCGACAAGCUGCCGGACGAGGUGUGCACGCUGGAGGAGUUGGAACAGCUUGGCACUAAAGCCGGGCCCGGGAGUUCACCCCAACUGGACACCCGCAAGGCAACCAAGCUUGCCAAACGGCACGUAACGCUAGCGGAUUUAAAUGCGCCGGCCCCGGAAAAACCAUCAAAACACGGUAAAAAGCGUUUGAUUGCAGCGGAACGGUUAUUAGUACCGGACCAGCGGGCCGUAUCACCUCUGCCUGGUGGGAUGUUGAAGGGUCGCGAUGUGUGCGUGAUGAGCGUCGACAAUCGGACAGGUGCACCGACGAUCGAAACACUCGAACGGUUGGUGCAGCGACACGGAGGCCGUGCCGUUGCUAAUCCCAGCCCGGACACGUUCGCCAUCGUAGCCGGCCGGGUAACGUUCAAGGUGCGCAAGUACAUGGAAGCGGGCCGGUGGGAUGUGGUGCGGGAAGAUUGGUUGCUCCGUGCCGGGCUGGACGGUCGGUUGGAACCGUUCCGACCGGAAGACAUACUUACCGCAACGGAACCGACCCGGAUGAAGCUUACCGAGCAGUACGACCGGUACGGUGAUUCGUACACACGUCCAACCACACCCACCACAUUCGGAGCGUUACUUCGCCGUAUGAAACGGGAUGCGGACCAAGGCCCGGUAACUCACCAGCUAACCGGUUCGGAAACGGUACAUGCCGAAACGGUCCUGUUGGGUGUCCGGCAAGCAACCGGCAAACGUUUAUUUCGGGGUCUUAGCGCGCGGCUAUACCUGAACCGAAGCGAUCGGCGUUCCGGUGAUGCGGAGGAGGACGAAACUUCACUGAGUGUUGAUGCGUACCGGGCACAACGUGAGAUGUUGCGAUUUGUACAGCACGGUGGCCAUUGGUUGCGCGAUACAGAACCCGACGCCGUUCGGUAUGUGUUUGUGGCGACACCGGUUGAGGAGUGUGCUGCUGUGGAAGAAUGGAUCGCUACAGUUACCAAAUCGGACCAGAACGAUCCACCGAAGCUGUUGCGUGUGCAAUGGAUCGGACGCUCCAUCGAAGCUGGACGGCUGUAUGACGAGAAGGAUUUUACUUUUAAUGACUCUUAAAUGGGUCCCCGUUCGGGAAGUUAUUGAAAAUAUUGAGCCGUCGAAUGACUAGUCAUAGGUAUCUUUUCUGCUGGAAACGUUUCUAUCAAAUGGAACAUCAAAGAAACUGAGUGCGCUUAAUUGAGGAGGGGUUUUUUUUCUUUACAUAAUGCUGUUUUAAUGUUAAUAACCAUUAAAAACUUUACUAAUUGAA